AGGAAGGAUGAAGGAAUGGUAAAGAAGAGAAAAGGGAUGAACAUUGAUGAGAGAAAGGUGGUUGGAAGGAGAGGAAAGAAGGGAGUGAGGAAGGAAAGAGGCAAGAAAGGUAAAAAGGAUGGAAGGUAGGGAGCAAGCAUGGGAAGAGAAAGGGAAGGAAAUGAGGAGGAAUGGAAAAGAUGGGGAAAGAAGAAAAGAGGCAAGAAAGGGAGAAUGAGAAAAAAAUGAAGGAAUAAACUAAAUGUGAGCAAAAAGGAAAGGAACGGAAUAGGACAGAAGGGAGGAAAGAAGGGAGGAAGGAACCGAGGGUAGGAAAGGAUGAAAGGGAGCGAACUAACUCAUCUUCACGUCGUUGCUUCUUCUUGUUCCUCGUGCAGGGCUCGCUGUGCCGCGCGAGGGUCGUUUAGUAAAAACCGAGUCUCGCGCAGGCAAGGUAUUCACCCUCAUCGCACGCGGACCACAUUCUUCUCCAGCAGCACGGUGAGAUUUUAACGAGACGAAACGCAGCAAACAACAGACAGACACAAGCACCCAGCAGGGCAUCACCAUCACACAGGCACCGAGUCCACCCAAAACAGGCACCCAAAGGAGAGGAGUGAAGACGCGCACAGAGAGCCUCUAUACCUGCACACACACACACCGAACCGAGCACCAUGGAGAGCGCAGGUAACAACUUCUCGGACGCGAAUUACAAGCUUUACAACAACAGCAGCAGCAGCAGCAGCUUCUGUGGGAACUUCACCGACGGUAACGUGAGCAACCCGGUGUCUCGGUGCGACGUGGAUCCGCCUGGACGCCUGGAGGACGACACCAACCCGGUUAUCAUCGCCAUCGUUAUCACCGCUCUCUACUCCAUAGUGUGCGUGGUGGGGCUGGUUGGGAACGUGCUGGUCAUGUACAUCAUCGUCAGAUACACUAAAAUGAAGACCGCCACCAACAUCUACAUCUUCAACCUCGCUCUGGCAGAUGCCUUGGUCACCAGCACGCUACCGUUCCAGAGCGUCAACUACCUGAUGGGGACCUGGCCGUUCGGAGACAUACUGUGCAAGAUGGUGAUGUCCAUCGACUACUACAACAUGUUCACCUCUAUCUUCACGCUCACCACCAUGAGCAUUGACCGCUACGUCGCCGUGUGCCACCCAGUCAAAGCGCUGGACUUCAGGACGCCGCGCAACGCCAAGAUUGUCAACGUCUGCAACUGGAUUCUCUCCUCAGCCAUCGGGCUGCCUGUCAUGUUCAUGGCCUCCACCGCUAUCACUCCCUCCAGCAUUGACUGCAAGCUGAUAUUCCCCAUCCCCUCCUGGUACUGGGACACCCUGCUGAAGAUCUGCGUGUUCAUCUUUGCCUUCAUCAUGCCCGUCCUCAUCAUCACCGUCUGCUAUGGCCUCAUGAUCCUCCGGCUGAAGAGCGUGCGCAUGCUGUCCGGCUCCCAGGAGAAGGACAGGAACCUGCGUCGGAUCACCCGCAUGGUCCUGGUGGUGGUUGCCGUCUUCAUUGUAUGCUGGACACCUAUCCACAUCUUUGUCAUCAUCACAGCUCUGAUCAAUAUCCCCAACUCAACGCUGCAGACUAUCACCUGGCACUUCUGCAUUGCCCUGGGCUACACCAACAGUAGUCUAAAUCCGGUUCUUUAUGGCUACUUGGAUGAGAACUUCAAGCGUUGUUUCCGUGAGUUCUGCACCCCGAGUCCUUCGUUGGUGGAGAUGAAGAAUUCAUCCCGGACCGGAGUCAAUAGCCGCAAGCUCCCAGAGCGCGAACACAACACCGCCAACACUGGAGAAAGGUCCAAUCAACAGGUAUGACUAGCCUUGGAGGGGUCGUCGGUGGACUCUCGCUGCUGCGGCGGCGUUGCCAACGACGAUCUCAACUCGGAGGUCACGCAGGUCACCACAGGGCUCUGACCACACAAACACAAAUGACACGUAUUUAUAUA